AUGGAUCCCGACGAGGUCGAACUCGAACCCGCCAGCAUCCACAACCACGACCGCCUCACUGACGACAACCCCCGGUCACCAGGCGGCGGCGGUGACGGCAGCUGGGCCUGCCGCCUGCUCCGCUGCGGAUGCGACUUCGCCCGGAAGGCGGCCCUCGCCGGCGCCGCCAUGACGGCUGCGCCCGUGGUGCUCCCGCCGCUCGUCGUCCUCUCCGCCGCCGGCGUCGCGCUGUCCGUCCCCUUCGCCGCCUACCUCGCCAGCCUCGCCGCCACCGACUACCUCACGCGCGCGCUCCUCCGUGCCUGCCAACCGCCCUCGCAGCCGUACCACCACCGCCGCCAAGAAUUCGACGGCGGCGUGGAGCAAGAGUUCCUCGACGCUUCAGAAGCUUACUUCCGCGACGCUCCCCCGUUCGGCAAUUUCAGUGCUGAAACAGCGCGGGGAGGGGAAGACGAGAGGGGCACUCCCCUGCUGCUGCCAAGGCAUCCUGGUUUCCCUGAAGCGUCCUCGGCCGCCAAUGCGGGGGGGAAGGCGGUAGAAGGUGAGUACUCUGCCCGAGAAUCUGGCCAGAUUUCGUACACAUCAACCCGUGGCGACGACACGGAGGAGGCGCUAUCGGGGGACUUUGCUGUUUCUACAUCAGCAAAGAACGAGGAUAGUCAGGUUCGGAAAUUGGGACAAGGUGAAUUUUCUGUACCGGAUCCAGGGCAGCAACCAUUCCAGUCAGAGAAUUGGAGUGAGAAAGAGGGUGACGUGUAUUCUAAAUACAAAGAAGAAGAAGAUGGCAGAAGUACAGAGGAAAACAAGGCUACCAAGGAGAAGCUGUCGCAGGGCUUCAGUUCUCCUGAAUCGCGUGUGCCAGCGUCAGGUGACAAAGACAGUGUGGUUCAGGAGAAGGGAGAAGGUGAAUUUUCUGCACAGAAUUCAGGGCAGUAUUCGCUUCUAUCAAGCCUCGGGAAUGAAAAUGAGCAGGGCAUGGCAAUGGAGGAGAAGGGGUAUGCCGAGGAGAUGCCACCACGAGACUUUGCUGCCUCUGAAUCACCAACUCCACUGUUCUAUGGUGAAGAAAAGGACAGCGACACUUCGCUGCUGUUGCCACAGGAUCAUGGUGUUUCUGAAGCGCGGGUGCCAGCGUUUGCGGACGAGGUACGAGGUGAAUUUUCUUCUGUGCAAGAAUCUGGCCUCGAGUCAUACACAUCAAACCGUGGCGAAGAGACAGAGAAGAACUCACCAAUGAGGAAAAGUGAGUCUACUGGAAAGGAGGUGCUACCCGGGGGCAUUGGUCUUUCUGCAUCAGCGAAGCCACUGUUUUCAGACGAGGAUAAUCUGGUCCAGGAAAAAAGAGAAGGUGGAAUUUCCGUAAAUAAUUCGGGCCAACAAUCAUUUCAAUCGAAGAAUUGGAAUAAAGAAGAAGAAGAGGAUGGCCGAAGUACAGAGGAAAACAAGUCUGCCAAGGAGACGCCGUCACAAGGCGUCAAUUUUCCUGAAACGCCUGCGCCGACACCGGGCGAUGAUGGCAAUGUGGUCCAGGAAAUGGGAGGCGCAUUUUUUGUACAGAAUUCAGGCCAAAAAUCAUUUCAAUCAAAGAAUUGGAAUGAAAAAGAAGAAGAUGGUGGCAAAACUAGGGAGGAAAACAAGUCUAACGAGGAGACGCUGUCACAAGGCUUCUAUUUUCCUGAACAACCUGUGCCGACACCGGGUGGCGAUGACGACAAUGUGGUCCAGGAAAAGGGAGGUGUAUUUUUUGUACAGAAUUCAGGACAACAAUCAAAGAAUGAAAAAGAAGAAGAGUAUAAUGAAAAAGAAGAAGAGUAUGGAAAUACUAGGGAGGAAAACAAGUCUAACGAGGAGACGCUGUCGCAAGGCUUCUAUUUUCCUGAAUUAUGUGUGCCAGCUUCAAGUGACAAAGACAAUACGGUCCAGGAGAAGGGAGAAGUUGAAUUGUCUGCACAGAAUUUAGGUCAACAUUCAAUUUUAUCGAGCACCGGGGAUGAAAAUAGGGAGGGCAUGAAAAUGGAGGAAAACAAGCCUACCGAGGUCAUGCCACUUCGAGACUUUGUUGUUUCUGAAUCAUCAGUUCCAGUGCUACAUGGUGAAGAUGAUCCUGUUCAGAGCAAGGAAGGAUUUGACGUUGCAGUUCAGGAGUUGUUGAAAGAAGCUAAUAGUAAUACCGAUCUUGUUAUGGCCGAAGCGGCUGAUGUGCAAGUGGAGAUUAUUGCUAUUGCAGCACCUGCAAGUGAGGUGCUGCCACCGGGUAACCUUGCGACUCGUGAGGAAAGUGUUGAUGUGCAGGUGGAGAUUAUUUCUGUUGCAGCACCUGAAAGUGAGAUGCUGCCACCGAGUAACCUUGUGGCACGUGAGUCACCACCGAAUGUUGCUACGAAGAAGAUGGUGUCCGAGGGUUUCUAUUUCCCUGCAUCGGGUGUGCCAGCAUCGGGUGGCGGCGACAAUGUGGUCCAGAAGAAGGGAGGAGGUGAACUUUCAGUGCAGAGUUCAGGCCAACAAUCAUUUCAAUCAAAGAAUUGGAAUGAAAAAGAAGAAGAUGAUGGCAGAACUACAGAGGAAAAUAAAUCAACCGAGGAGACUGUGUCGCAAGGCUUCUAUUUCCCUGAAUCACAUGUUCUGGCGUCAGGUGACAAAGGCAGUGUGGUCCGGCAAAAGGGAGAAGGUGAAUUUUCUGCACAGAAUUUAGCUCCAUAUUCACUUCCAUUGAAUACCAAGGAUGAAAAAGAGAAGGACAUCACAAUGGAGGAAAAGAAGCCUACCGAGGACAUGCCACCGCGAGACUUCAUAGUCUCUGAAUCAUCAGUUUCGGUGUUCCGUGGUGAAGAUGAUGUGGUUCAGAGCAAGGAAGGAUUUGAAGUCACAGUGCAAGGGGUAGUGGAAGAAGCCGAUAGUAAUACAGAUCUUGAUAUGGGUGAAGUGGAUAAUGUGCAAGUGGAGAUUAUUGCGAUUGCAGCACCUGAAAGUGAGGCGCUGCCAUCAUGUAGGAUGGAUCUUGUUACAGGGGAAAUUGUCGAUGUGUAUGCCGGCAUUGCUGCUGCUGUUGAACCUGAGACUGAGAGUGAGGUGCUGCAUCCGAGUAACCUUACGACCAGUGAGUCGUCGGCUGAUCCUGAAACCAGAGAAAUUGUUGAUGUGCAAGUCGACAUUGUUGAUGCUGUGGUGCCUGAAAGUGAGGUACUGCCACUGAGUAGCCUUGCGGCUCUUGAGUCACAGGCGAUUGCAGAAACUGCACAUGUUGGUGAGGUAAAAAAUGAGAAGAGCAUGGCAAUAGAGGAAAAGAACUCUACCGAGGACAUGCCACCGCGAGGCUCUUUUGUCUCUGAAUCAUCAGUUCCAGUGCUGGGUGGUGAAGAUGAUGUGGCUCAGAGCAAGGAAGGAUUUGAAGUUGCAGUUCAGGAGUUGAUGGAAGAAGCUAAUAGUAAUACCGAUCUUGUUAAGGGCGAAGUGGUUGAUGUACAAGUGGAGAUUAUUGGUAUUGCAGCACCUGAAAGUGAGGUGCUGCCACCGGGUAACUUUGCGGCUCAUGACUCACCAGCAGAUCCUGUUGCUGGGGAAAUUGUUCGUGUGCAAGUCGACAUUGUUGCUGCUGCGGCGACUGGGGGUGAGGCUGGCUACACCGAAGAAGAGUUGAGGGAACAACUUGACGCUCUAAGAACAAUAACUGGGUACGGAGCUGUGCCUUCUCCAACACUGGAAGGGGAGCUGGCGGGCCUUUACAUAUUCGUGGGUGUGGAACCCUCUGUCGGCUCAAGUGAUACCUCGGACCACCUGAUGGAGCUCAAUGCAAAACUCCGAUUCUUGAAAUCGAUCAUCGGAAUUGACUGA